AUGGUCUUCCUGCAGCGCGUCUCCGCCUCCGGCACCGGCAGGAGAAGGACUGGUGGACCGCCGACGACAGCGCCUCCUCCUCCUCCUCCUCCUCCGGUAGCUCUCUCGGCUGCUGAGGGAAGCCAGCCCUGGCCUCGGCCACCCAGCGGCGGCACCACGGUUGGCUCCCAGCUCCGCUCAGAACAAGCCGAUCAUGGCCGACGAACACAUGGGGCCACCGUUGGGGAAGAGGACUUGAGGGUGAUGUUCUCCGUCCUCGCCGACGCGGGGUGUACUCUAUGUGCCUCUGGCCCUCCUCUUCUCCCUACUGACACGCACAAGUUCCGGCGUCGCCUUGAAUGUCGCUUCGCGCUUCUCGAAGGUGCUCCUGAACAGGAAAAUCCUAUCAUCGGUCAGUUCCUCUCCGGCUUCUCUUCUUAUGUGAGCAGGAGCCAGAAUCUACAUAGGUAGCGCCCCACGGCCCCUCGUAUGGCUACACUCGUCCUCAUGCAAUGCGUUUCUCUGCGGCCGUAACCUGACAUGGUUUAGGAUUCUUGCGUGUUCUUAGGAUUCUCAUCCCGGCCGCGCGAGAAGGCCUCUGCGGAACCACUGGGUCAUUGCCCAAAGCAGAGAGCCUCGCCCGGGUGCUCCUACUGGUGGCGCCCCUCCAGCCGCGACUACAACACCUGCUCCUCGAGAAGCUUCCGGAGCAUUUCGACACUGUGACCGUGGAUGGGCAGAGUUCCUUGUCAUCCUCCGCACUCGAAGACGACAUUGCUCGGCUGAUAGUUAAUCAAUUCAGGUGGUUGGAUUUCGUUCUGGACCCGGAGGGGCUCUCAGAGAAGUUAAUGGAGGUCCUCUCCAUCUCUCCUUCCCCCCUUAAGAGGGAGAUCAUCGGCUCCCUGCCGGAGAUAAUCGGGGACUGUGGCAACUGUGGGGCGUUGGUCGAGGCCCUGGAGAGGAUGCUGCAGGAAGACUCGGAACUGGUCGUUCCUGUCCUCGAUGCCUUCUCCAACCUCAACUUCGCUUGUUCACAACUCGACCAGGUGAACAUGUAGUCUCAGCAAUUAGGCAAGAUGUUUCCGUUCUUUUUCUUGUUCUCCCGUUGUGGAUUCUGAAUAUGAUCUAACAAAGGAGAUUCCUUGUGUUCCCGAAGGUUGUUACCGUAGCGUUAUCCUGCAUCAGGACUGUGGAUGCAGAGCACUUGCCAGACUUGCUCAGAUUCCUGCUUAUCUCAGCAGAUAAAGGGAAUGUGGGGAGGAUAAUCUUCCAGAUCCGGGAGCAGCUGAGAUUUUUCAGUGUCCCCGAACCAUUUGCCUCCAGGCACAAGAAGCUCAAGGGAAAAUCUAUUGCUGAUGAGACCGAGGCUUCAAUCCUAGAGACUCUGAGGUCCAGCCUCCGUUUCAGAAAUGUAAGGGAUAGUAGAUUAUCACUUACUUUGACAUUCAUAUUUUCGAUGCAUCUAAAUUUUAAUCUCCUCCUGACCGCAGGUGCUAUGUGACGCCAUCUUCAAAGAACUUAAAUGCCUCAACCAACCACAGCAUUACAAGGCCAUCGAUGUGUGGUUGCUUGUGCUCAUACAUGUGAAUGGAGGCUCCUUUCAGAAGAGUGUUGAGAAGAUUCUGAAAAAGAAGAUCGUUGACGGUUGCAUACAGGAGAGUCUUUUCGAUCAGUGCAUUCAAGGGCAAAAGAACCUCGUUAAGGUCAGUUUCUACAACAUGCCUCAAUAGGAAACCCAUGCAUUCUUGAAUUAGAUGACAUUUUAAAGGCCAAGCUUUUGCCUGUUACAUGAUGUAUCCAGGAAUAUUUCCCCUCAUUUAUAUCACUCUCCGAUCAUCUGCUGACAUGCAAAGAAGAGAAGGCAAGAAACUUUGGAAUUCACUUGUAUACAUCACUCUUUGAAGAAUUCAACGAUUCUUAUUCAAGGCAAGAAGUAAGUAUGUUGUUAGAGUAUAUGAUAUCUGAGAUGUAAACCUUAGGGUAAAAGAAGUGGAGAUGUUAUAUGCCUGUUCUCAAAAUCUCAUAGAUUUCUUAUGUUAAGAUUCGUGUAAAAGCAACCAAAAUGUGCUCUGUCAGUUUGCUAAUAUGAAGAAAAAAUAGUUCCUCAUAUCUUUGAUUAGAUGUCCUAACCCUGCUCUGAAAUGUUGUCUGCGUAGGUUCUCAGUUCAUUAGUCACUCAUGUAGGUUCUGGUGUUAAUUUUGAAGUCGGUUCUGCCCUAGACGCCAUGGGACUUCUGACAUCCAAAUAUUCUCUUGAGCUGAUUCCAAUAUCUUCUCAUGUAAAUGGUACCUUCGUUUCCAUGAUGCUAUGUAAUUUUCAGACAACUCUUCUUCCACGUAAUCUUAUCUCAUUAUCCACUAAACAUUCAAAUUGCUUUGUGUUCAGGUAUUCUAGACUAUUUGGAAGGAUUUAAUGAUGACAAUUUGCGCAAGGUUCUGUGUAUUAAAUAUCCUGUCUCACUUAUGACAAUUUCUUAGGCAAUAUCAUUUUGAUGUUCUUCUUGGUGCACAGGUCUAUGAAGUUUUUUGCCAAUUAUCAUUUUCUCAUCACAUAAAUGCUGAUUCCCCUGGGGCAUCGAUUCAACGUGAACUUGUGAUACUUGUCCGUAAACAGGUAUCAGAAAGUAUUGUAGUCUUUUUUUCAUCUGCUGCAUUUCUGUCUUAACAUCUAGACUUGGGCUAGUGUUAAACUGACUCAAUGUCAUCAUUAAUCAUAUGAUGUUUGGUCCUAAUCCACUUCUUUCAUAUUCAGCUUGGUAAUCCAGAUAUAAGAUACAAGAAGAUGGGUAUAAUUGGAACUUCAAAGAUUGUUUCUAUUCUAGGGGCUAUGAGUGCUUCUGUAAGUUUCUCUUCAUCUUGGGUAGGAUAUGAGUUUGUUAUUAAUACUCUGAAUCUGUGGAUAACUCUUUUCUCUCAUAUCUGCAUAAUGCUUGUUAAUAGUUAUUGUGAUUUAUUUGAUCCUCUUUAUCUGUGAAAUGGUCUCUUUACUUUAGUGUUUUGGGUAUAUUGAAACUCAAAUGCCAUUGAGACCUCAACUCUUGGAAUCUAGGUCAUGAUGAAACGCUUGGCAAGGUUGAAGUAGAAUGGAUGGAUGAAAUGCAUAAAAGUGUAAUGGCUUAGAAUUAUUUCUUCCAGUCAGAUGAAAAAAAUCUCAGAAUAUUUUACAAAAAAUAUGAGAAAUGGUCUCCUAUAUCACUCCAAUUUUCUUGUCCCUGUCAUCCGUGUUGAUUCACUAUAGAAAAUUAUCAUUUGUUUUUGUCUCAUAGUGCACACUACAUUUUUAUGCACGUCUAAGAUACCACAUUCCAAACAUUCUCAAUGCUACCUUUUUCAGGAGGCAAAUGGCGGGGAAGCUCUGGAAUUUCUGAGGGUGUCUUUUGACUCAUGCAAACUGGAAUCAUCGGCUUUGAUACUAUUAUAUGAUGAGCUAGGUGCUUUAGUACAGUGUGCUAAGCUGAAGCCAGCAAUCAUGGAAUGGUAGAUCAUUAUCAAGUUUGAACCAUAUUGUAUGGUUAGAGUUUAUCAAAAAAAAUCCAUGCCGAAGAUUGAUCUUUUGGGCAUUAAGCUAUUACCAUCAAUCUGAUGAAUGCUGUGGUUGCUAUUUGUAGGAUGGGCAUACAUCUAGGUGAUUUUGAAUCAGUAUUUGUAACAGAUCUUGAACGGGGCCAGUUGCUGUCUACAGGCUUAUAUGUUGGUUUAGAAGGUAUCUCAUAGACCAGAAUAUGCAAAUUUAUCAUCAUGAUGGCAAAGUCUAAUGAACACUGCUAAUCAUGGUGAGGAAAAUAUUGCAAGUAAUAUAACUGAUCUUUCGGCCUUCUUACAGGGGAACCAUGGAUGAAUUUGGAUGGUGGUAUAUCUGUCAUAUGCUUGAACAUAUUGCCAAUGUUGUCUGCUUCACCAGAACAGAAGUAUGCUUUUCUAUUUGUUGAGAUCAAAGCAUUUUAUUGAAGUCCGUGAUUUGGUGCUCAGUUUUUGUUGGUGUUACCUUUACUUUGUUGGCUGCAGUAGUCAAUCAACCAUAAGAACUCUUCCCGGCCAGCUUCUAUUAUUAUCCACUGUGGGUGAUCUUUUUCUUGUAUUCAUCGAGAUGAAUUUUAAUUGGUGGGUUUCAUGUUAAUUGUUUUAUUUUUUCUAAUAAGGUUGAAAGCUUGACAAAUCACGGAUCUCUUGAAGGCAUUGACGCACUUCUUGGUUGUCCUUUCCACCUUCCAUCAAAAAAGGUGGUGCCAUAUCUCUGAUUUUAGUAUUUUUUUUCCGAUAUGUUCUUUUCUUCUUGAUCUUAGAUGCAUGCAAAUAGGAUAGAAAGGAAAAGCUUGAGAAUGGCUUUCAUCAAAUUGCACCUUGGUUUUAGAGUAACCCAAAACAGAACAUCUUUUUUGUAUUCUGAUUAGCUUUUGGGAUGAAAUUUUGGUGAAACUUCACUAUCUAUUAUAUUCUGGAAUGAAAUCUAGGAUCAUUAGAAAAUCAGAUGGGAAGGAAAAAUUGUUUUACAGAAAUAAUAAAGCUAUUGUUUGUUAUUUUUGGAGUAAAAGACAGUUUCUAGAUGCCUAGCCUACAGAACCGCUUCUUACUGGAUUGCACAAAACCAUUUCAAGAUGUGAAAUUGUGGAUAUAUCCUUAGAGAUCCUGAAUUUCAUCACAACAAACCAUUUGUGUACAUUUUAAUGCUAAGAACAAAGAAAACCAAACACACAGUUAGAAUCAGAGUCCAAGUCUCAGUCCAUAAUCCAUUAGCUAGCUCACUCUAUUGCUCCACAGAUUAAAGACUAUAAGAGGAUACUGGCUUUGUUUGUAUUAACUUUGAAAUCUUAUUGAGAUUUUCAUUUGCUUUAUAUAUGUAGCAUAUCUCAUAUUGUUGCCAUUAAUGCCAGUAAAGUCAUUUGCUUUAGGAUGACUAUAUAACAUGGAAAAUAGCCUCCAAAAAUUUUAUGAUUCAGGUUUAUACUUAAUGUUAGUCUAAUCAUAUAUUAAAUCAUAGUGCCGCGUUCUUGACACAGCUGUCGUGCUCCUCCUGUGGGAGUCUGAGCUCUUUGAUAUUUGCAUCCAUGGGUGAGGGUAUAUCAAUUUUAGGGCUCCAUUGCACUAGAUAGAUGACGUGAUUUUCUGCAUGUUGAUGGAUUACGACCCAGCAUCUCCUAGCUCCAGGUGCACCAACAGUAAAUCAUUUUUUUUGUUUACGACAAAAUGGAAGACCAUGACCAUGGACUUCCACCACCUGACUAGAGAGAAAUAGUGAAAAGAUAUCCUGAGUCAACAGCCAUGCAAUUAAGAAUAAAUUCAAGAACGAAUUUGAAAUCUGUGUGAAUAAUAGCUUUUUCUUUUGACAGAGUUUUUGGUACUCAUGUAUGUCAGUUUAGAAGUGAAUUUAGUUAUCAUUUUGAACCUGAAGAAUGAUUUUGCGACUAGUAAGAUGUUAACUAUGGUUCAAGGAUAUGUAUGGUGCUCAAAUGUUAUGUUAUUAGAAAAUAUAAAAGAAGUGGGUGCCAAUGCCUCUCAGUCUUUGUGAGGCUACAAUGAUGUUCAUAUUGACUAGAUAGUAAUCUUGUCUUCCAUGGAUGUGACCUAAGGCAAGCUUUCUGCUUCUCGGUCUGCUAGAGCUCUGGAGUGGACUCAUAUAGGGAUGAACCAUGAAGGUUCCCUAGACAAACUACCAACAUCUCCAACGAAUUCAUUUCCACAUCAAACCCUAGUCAUGGGAUCAUGGACUCGUUAGAUCUGAAAAUUAUAAUAUUUAAAAUUCAUUGACAUUGUUUGUUAUUUAAUUUUCUACCAAGCUACAAGCGAGUCAUUAGGAGUGGAUGGAGAAAAUUUUCCUCUUGGAGAAUUAUGUAGAUGACCACGUGAAGAUUUAUUAUGAGUUGUUGAACUCUCUAGGAUUGUUUUUCCUUUGUAUCUGUUUCUUUUCACAGUGUUUUUCGUCCUUCUUUGUCAUUCCCUAUGUUAAGUGGAUCCAUUAGACUGUUAGCGGAUCCACUUAAAAUCUAAUAUAACGGGCCUAGCCCAUUAACUCAUGUAACCUGUACCUAAGCGGGAAACCAAGAUAAUUGAUGUAAGAUUUUGGGAUUGUGGAAAUUCUGCUCCAAGAAGUGGUGACUGAUUUAUCUUCCUAGGAGAGGAGGAUCGUGAAGAUCGAAUCCUUUUAUUCUCCAAGCUGCAAGAAUCUCAAUCAAGGUCAAUUCUCAACAUUUAUAUGAUAUUAUAUGAUAUUACUUAAGGGAAGCAAAAUUACUGUUAUUUUUUAUGGUUUGAGUGAACAUUUACGAGCAAUCUGAGGGCGGUUAAUUGAUAAAAAUCUGGUAACGUCUAGUGCCUUUCAAAAGAUUGUGGGGAGGGAUUGUUUGAAGCUGACCUCGCUCUAUUCAUGAUUUGAAAAAUUGGUGAAUUUCACUGUCAAUCAGUUCAAUUCAGAAUUUGCAUCACAUUUGUUAUUUAUUUUUGAGUCUUGUAUUAUUUGAUUUAUCAUUUGGGAAUUAAACAUAACAUUCUUGGAGUGAUUAUUGAAUGAUUUCUUAAAAUCUAUGCUCUUAUUCUACGUUCUCUCUUUUACUUGUCUUGGCUCUCAUAAUUUAUUGUGAUAGAAUUUUAUUUUUACUCGACUUUUAAUUCUUCAUUUGGCUCACCAAGAAAUAUGCAAGUGGCUGAUGAUCUUUUUAACUUCUCUGUUCUGCAAAACUUCAGUACCUAGAUGGGUCACUGUGGAAUUCGCUGACAGAAAAGCAGAAAAAGAUACUAUGCUUCUCUCUUUACUAUGCCAUCAAUUGGAUAAGAGAGUUGGUACGUUACUUUAUUUUCAUUUACUAGAAACUGUACUGGUUGCCAAUUAUUGUCUGUUAUUUACAGACGAUAGUAUGAAAUAUUAACUGCAUUGAUUCGAACGCCAUUUGCAGCUCAAUGCUUUCAGCUCGCAAGUUGAUGUUGGAUCUAAGAGUGUAACUCAAGGUGCUAGAGAAGAGACAACAGAAAAGCUGUUAAAACGCCUAAGGAACAUUGUGUAAGUAAUUUCGUUUUAAUAUAGAAUUAUUUCUGAAUAGGAUUAUAUUAUUAUUUUUUGUUUUACCCUAGAAAUAAAAUAAUUACAUAGAUCCGAUUAGGGUACUGUUUAUGAAUGAUUUUCAGAUACUUUCUUAGUCUAUAGUCCUAUUAUUGAAGUUAUAUAUCCAAGUGAUUGAGUACGUAUAAUCAUUGUCUUGGUUACUACAAACCUGAGCCAUUAACCUCCUAAAAGAUCUUUGAGACCUAUGUAUACGUUUAGAAUAUGUCUGACGCUGGUCCCUGAUGCUGGUCUUGCCAUUGUCAAGAGAUACAUCCCUUCCAUUAUAUUACUUUUCCUGUGGGAGAAAGCAACCUGUUUUGUAUUGUUACUUUAUGUCCGCUUUUGUUUGCAUUUAUAUGAUAAGUCAAUGCUAUACGGAAUGCAUUUAGUUAAUGGUAAGGAAAUUUAAGAUGAGAAACAUGACCCCUUUUGUUUUUUUCUGCAAAAGGAAGUGAUCAUCGAAUAUGGGAAUACAUUCUUUUUUUGAUAUGAGAAGUUUAAACUUAUAUUCCAGGUGAAUAUUUCUGGGCCCAUUUUCCAUUGGGUGAUAGAAAAUCGCCUCUUUCAAUAUUUUUAGAAUGAUUAACUGGAAUAUGUUCUCAGAAAAUUAUAAUUGGGCAUUACCUUCAGCUUGACAGCUUUCUUGAUUUGGAUGUGGGUUAUUGUUAGAAACAUGACGGGAGUAUCAAGAACAUUAAUAUGUCGAAUACAUUGUCCUGAUUACAGGGAUCAUGUGCAGCAUCAGCUGUAGUCAGUUUUGAGCAUAAAGAUAGCAUUAUGACUACGGUUGUCUAGGGCAAAGAGUAGGACAUGCCUAAUCUUCAGUAGUAAAUUUGGCCAAGAAUAAAAUGAAAUGAUUGUGCCAAAAACUUGUCUAUCUGCUUUGCAAAAAAUAUCACUUGAUAUACGAUUUUUGAACAAAAAUGAUAAAAGUUGUAAAAGUGCUAAUUUCCACUAUCCUGGGAAGUACUAAUUGAAAGCAAGUGGUUCUACAUAAUCAAAAUAACUGUUGCAUUAAUUAGGCAUUUCCUGAGGGAGUAAAAAAUAUCGUUUUUCAGUGUUUAGUACCCUAUUGUAAUGGUUCUCUCUUCUGUGACCCGUAGAGGAAGUAGUGAACUUUUUUUACACUCUACUUGGCUUGGAACUUUUAUUGGAUGCUCGUUAGAUAGUUUAUGAACAUAAUGUUUUUUUAUUAAAUUAAAAUCCACCGCCUGUUAGAUUGUUGAUGGUGAGAGUUACUUCUAUCUGUUGCACUGCCAAGUAGUCCUUUAUUGAUUCUUUAGUGGUAGGUCUACUGAAAAUCUCUACUAUCUGUGCCUUGGCUUAGAAGACGAGGAAAACAAAAAAAACCUUUAGAUGUUUAAACCUGUUAAUGAGAUAUGAUUCAGCCCGCAAAACAUGGUGAUGUUGGCCUAACAAUUCCCCUUAAAAAGCAUAACAACCGCAGAAUGAAAGGGUCAGGAGCUAGUUGUACCUUCUUUGUCUGCUCUGGUGCUUACAUGAUGAUGAUGCAAGCCGCAUCAUCCUCCACUUCCAAAUAAACUAUGGUGCAUUUCAUUUUAAAAUUUCAACAUUUAAUUAUUUGAUACCAUUUACCUCAUCUAGCUAGUUAUUUUUGCACUGAGUUUCUUGUGAGUUAUAAUGCUAUUAAGUGACCUUUCAGUGUGAACGUUUAUAUUUUUAGACAUGUAUCUAGCUGAAGAUGUAUUACUCAGAUGAAAGAACACUUUAAUUAUUACUUGCCGUUUUUGGGGAGCGAUUUUUGGUUCAAACCAGAUUCUGGUUGACAUGGUGAUGGGUGGAUUGCGGGUGUCUUGUCUUUCUUUGGUUACUCUGCAGUCGUAUUUCUCCUUUAUAUCCAUAAGACGCGUAUAAUUUUUUUUAUUAAUCUAUUAUUAGUUGGAUCAUUAUGAAUGAAGAGGACAAAUCCCUCUGAACUAUCAUUUGCAGUGAUUUUUUUUUUCCUGGGGGCUUUUUAAUUAUCUAAAUGUGGAUGGAGUUACUGACUGCAUACCUGUGGCCGCCUGUCUGAAAUUUGAGUAGAAGACAGAAAAUGCCAGGCUGUUGAGUAGGUGACCCCAAAGAAUCGUUUUUUUGGGAGGCUGGGAGCAAGAUCCUAUAAUUAGUGUAGGAAUUUCCCUUGGCAAACUGUAUUUUAGUCAGUAACUCCAGUGUAGACGAUGAGCAAGGCUUGGACAUUAUUAAUAUGGACCUGAUGCAUUGUUGUUUCUUUUUGGUGUACUUCAAAGCACAUCUACAUCAUGGAGUUUUGUAGCCUUGAAGGAGGCUUCUUUCUGUGGACGUUGCAUGCUGGUUAUUUAAGGUUUUGGCUACCUUCCAAGCAUCAUAGGGAAGAGAAGGAUAGGAAGAAGGAGAGAGAAGAACAUUCAAGUUGAUGUUUUAUUUCCUGACUAUGAAGGAGGCUUCUUUCUGUGGACGUUGCACGCUGGUUAUUUAAGGUUUUGGCUACCUUCCAAGCAUCAUAGAGAAGAGAAGGAUAGGAAGAAGGAGAGAGAAAAACAUUCAAGUUGAUGUUUUAUUUCCUGACUAUGAAGGAGUGCUACAAACAUCUACUAUUCCUCCCUUAUAGAGGCGAAAAUUGCAUUUUUUCUUGAAACUUUCUUUCCUUAAAGUAAGUGGAUGGUUGACUAAGAAUUGUUUUUUGAAGUUAACCCCUUACAAUGUUAAUGCUAGUAAUUCUGAAGUAAUGAUCGGUUUGUGUUGUGAACAGUGGCACAAACCCUAGGAGGAUAUGUGGCGGAAAAACUCAACUCACAUUUGCAUCAUAGAUGACUGUGAUAUGCAAGUAGUAGGGCCACAGAACAAGGAAACUACUUAACAACUAGGAAAUUGACAAGUUAAGAAGUGAACCAAGAAACUAAGAAACGGUGGAACUAAGAACCAAACUCGUAAUUAUACGUUCUUUCCCACACGCCUCUCAAGUUUGUGAAUAUGCAUUCUCCAUUCCUAGCUUGGAUACAAUACUCUGAAAAUACUUAACCCUUAGUAAGUACAUCUGCAAGUUGGCUAUGUGUAAACACACAAGGUGUAUAAAUCAAUCCACUAUCUAACUACUCCUUGAGGAAGUGUGUGUCAAUCAUGAUGUGUUUUGUUUGAUCGUGUUAUGCUGUGUUGUGAGUUAUGUUACUCACAGACUUGUUGUUUCAAUAAAGUCUCAUUGGGAUAGCCCAUUUAAUCUUCAAGUCUUCUAAGAUGAUCUUCUACGAAAGUAGUUCCCAUAUAUAUUGAGCCGUUGUUCAGAAUUCGGCCUCUACACUUGGCUGUGCUAUCACAUUCUAGUUUUUACUUCUCCACAUCGCGAGAUUUUUACCUAGAAAGGCAAAAUCAGAUGGUCUCCUAUCAACCUAUCAACCACAUAUCUUGCAUAAUUAGCUUCUAUGUAUGCCUUUUUCUGGUGUCUCUUUUAGAUACUAUUGCGCUUGGUGAGCUACCUACAGAUGAACUUCCUUUUGACUGUUGAUGAACUGGCUAAUCAAACUGACUGCAUAUACCAUUUCUGAACAUGUAUGAGAUUGAUAAUUUAGUCUUCCUACUAGGAGUUGAUACAUUUCCCUAUCUACUACAACAUACUUCUCUACCUUUCCAAGUUCCCUAUGUACUUGUUGGUUUCCAUGCGUUCUUGUCUGUUUCUUUUAGAAAAUCUGUAACAUAUUUCUACUACCCUGCCUUCAAAUUAUUUCCAUAACCUGGUGGGACCUUCAUAUAAAUUUCUUCCUGUAGUUCACUAUGCAAAAGUGUAUAUUCAACAUCAGACUGCUGCAGCUCCCAACCAUAACUAGCGGCUAUUGACAAAAAAAUUAUGAUAGUAUUCAUCUUCACAACCAGAACAAAAGUCUCCAAGCCCUUGGCUACCAACCUAGCCUUUGAUCUCUCUAUAAAUUUAUCUGCUUGAUAUUUCAUUGUAUAGACCCAUUUAUAGCCUAUGGAUUGCUUUUUUGCUGGCAACCUUACUAACUCCCAAGUUUUGUUCUUUAAUGCCCCCAUCUCCUCAUUCAUAACUUGUUUCCAUUCCUUAUUCGAAAAAGUCUCAAAUAGGGUGGUAAGAAUGAAAAAUUGUUUAAACUAGCAAAGACAGUUCUAUGAGAUGGUGAACAAUAUUUAAAGGACAAGAAGUGUGAAAGAGGAGAUAAAUAUUUUUUUGCACAUUGCUUAGUCCAUUUCCUAAUUACAAUGGGAAAAUCAUAAUUAUUAUUGUGCAUAUGAGAUUCGGUUUCAGCUUGCAAUGGAGAAUUAAAAAUUGCUACCUCAUUCUAAGUAUCUAGCUUGGAUUCUCGGAUUUGCAUAAAUUAAGGAACAACUGUCUUCUUUCUUGAAAACACCUUUCCUUUACCAGAUCUCACAUUUUAAAGGGUAGAAUUCGAAUUUUCUUGAGGGUUUUCUUGAGUUUCAAACUUGGGAUUUGGCAUGGAGUUAUAUAGAUUAAGGAUCUGGUAUGGAGUUGGAUACAUAGACAGAGGAACAGUAUAAGAUACAGGAAUUGAUGAUAGAUCAACUAAUAAAUUCUCAUCCUUAUCUUCAUUGAUUGGACUCUUCCCUUGAAGAUAAGGUGGUGAAGUAAGAUUCUUGUUCAUUGAACGUGACAUCCAUUGAGACAGAACUUCUUUAAUGGAGGGUGAUGACACUUAUUCCUUUAUGAGUUGGAGAAUGGCCUACAAAGAGAGAUUUUAAUGCCUAGGAUUUAAUUUCCCCCCUAUGUUGAUCAUGAACAUGAGCAAAUGAUACAGACCCAAAUAUCUUAGAGACAAGAUUACUUAUAAGUUUUAGGUUUGGAUUGAAUAAUGACAAUAUUACCUUUGAACAGUUAUAUCCAAAACUCCAGAAGGCAGACAAUAUAUGAGAUGAGUGGCUAUCACACCUGCUUCUCCCCAAAGGAAUUUGGAAUAGAGAGUUUUAGGUUACCUCAAGAAUAUGAUCAUUUUUUCUUUCUGUUACUCUAUUCUAUUGGAAAGUUCGUAGUUUACAUUUGAUUGAAAUAAUCCUUCAUAUUAUCUGACCUAAAUCUUUUGACAUCAGCCCCAAAUUGGUUCUUAAUCAUGGAACAAAAGUUUGGGAGAAUAGUACUGACAUCAGAUUUAUUUUUGAACUGAAAAAUUCAAGUAACGUGAGUAUGAUCACCAAUGAAUAACACAAAUCAUCUGCUCCUAAAAACAUUAGGAACUCUAGAGCCACAGAUAUCGCUAUGAAUUAGAUAGAAAGGAAUAGAACUUCUUGUAUUAAUGAUAGGAAAAGAUGCACAUUUGUGUGUAGCAAGUUUGCACACGUCACAAUGAAAAUCUUCAACACUUAGGCCUUGAAAUAAAGAAGGAAACAUAAUUCUAAUAACCCUAAAUGACUGGUGUUCAAGUCGGCAAUGGUGAACCCAAACUCUCUCCUCAUUGAAUGAAAGAGGCUCAAAAGAAUGAGAUAAUUUGCACUUAGCUAGUGUAGAAGAUUUGAAUCUGAUCUGGUGUGCUGACAGGUAACCAUAGCUCCCGUAGAGAGAAAAAAACUUCUCUUAUUUGAGAAAAGGGGAAACUCACAUACAAAGGAAGCGGGUUCUGGUAUUUAUAUCAGACCCCUGGAAGGUUCUAGACACACAGACAUAUGACUAUAGAAAACUUAAGGUAUACUAGACAGUAUACUAGACACAUCUCGACAGCAGCUAGGUUUGUCUGAUUUGAUGCUUCAAGAUAGUGGAGUCUAUCCGUUCUUUUGCAUGUCUGGUCAUCCUCCCCGAGUCCUUGCCAUAAAAUGCACAAGGAUUUUGAUCAAAAGACCAUCGAGAAAUGUAACUCUUGAGCAAAAAUUUGGGUAGACAAGGUUUGUGGGCCAUCUGGGACAUGAAGAACAUUUUCUAAGAGUAAAGGGUUGAUUUAAAAUUUCCUACACGUACUAUAGUAGUCAAAGAACCUCAACUUUGGGAAUUUUGCUAUUGUUUGGCAUAGGAGAGUAUGGUUGGAAAAACAUUUGAUAAGUGGGUCAUAUGGUUGGUAGCUCCUGAAUCAAUGAUCCAAGAAUCAACAAAAAUUGUCCCUGGGACAUUUAAUCCAAUUGAGGAUGAAACUCACCUGAAUUGCCAAUGAUAGAUCUCACCCUCUGGACCUCAUGUUGGUUGUGACCAGCCAACUCCCUUGGCACUGUUUCAUUAUGAUAUACUGUCAUGACAUGGGCUUGACCACUGUUCCUUUACUGCUCUCUUUUCUCUCCUCAUUCUCGGCUCAGAGGUUUUUCAUGGAGCUUCCAACAUUUUUUGCGAGUAUGAUGUGCCUUCUUAGUGCAAGUGGACCACAGGGUAUCCCUAUGGUUACGAUUCUGGGCCUUCACUUGUUCAGGUUUUCCACUCCCAUCAACUUAUGCUCUCUCUAUGUUUGCGGCUGAAGUAUUGCCACCUCUAGCCACCCUUGCCAAGCUGACCAUGCCUUGUGGUUUGCGCAUCGGACUUCUUCUUUCCUCUCCUCUAAUCAGUGCCACCGCCUCAUUAAGCAUGAAACCUCCUCUUUGUUGAGAAUCUGAAUUUUCACUUGAUCAGAUUCUAGAUUACGCCUAACAAGAAAAUUAUACUGUCUUUCUCGAUGAAAUCUUUUAGGAUUGCUACAUCCUCAGUACAUUUGGCUUUAAUUACCCUAUAAUGAUCAAGUUCUUGCCACAAAGCUUUCAUCUGAUUUGCAUAUUCUGUAACUGUUUUGCUUCCCUGUUUUUCAGCCAUUGUCUUCACCUUUACUUCAUAGAUUUGACCUGCAUCUCUAGCUUUAGAAUGUGUAUAAUUUUAAUUAUCUAUUAUUCAAGCUUAUAGAUUCCGUUAAUAAUAUCAGGACUCAAGUAAUUAAUUGUUUCAGUAGUAACGAGGGCUUUCUAAUUCUGUUGAAAUUUUAAGCAUAUGUAAUAUUUACAGAUGUGAAUAGCUUAUUUUGACAUUAAUGUUUGUGGCAUUAUCUUCCUACAGAUAAUACAAUAUCUAGUAGAACGUAAAGCUGUAAACCAUUUCAAGAGAAGUAAGAUAUAGACUUCAUGUCAAGUAUCAGAUACAACUAUUGAACUGGAGUCCUACAUCGUUGUGAUGCUUAUUUCUUAUUUUUAAUCGUUCAUCAAGUAAGCUCUUUAGAUUUUUUUUAAAGAAAUUCUUCGGAGAACGUCCUCUGAGAAAGGGUUCUUUAACGUUUGUCGUCAUUUGGCCGUUUUUAUGAAUUUGGUCUCGAUUGAAGAACACUUUUUCCUUCCAAACACAAAAUUGUCUAUCAAGAGUGUAGAAAUUUCCAUUAUUUUCGCUAAUGCGUGUGUUAUAAAUUCAAGAAUCUGAACAACAUAAAUUGGAGUCAUGCAUCUUUUAUGCAUUGUUGUCUCCUAACGUAUCAAUGCUUUCAUUCCUACAAGAUUUUUUUGUAAUCAAGUGCAUUUUGCAUGCAAACCUUCUUUCAUGAAUUUGCUUUCUGCAGGUUCCUGGAGAGCUUGCUGAAUCGCCUACUCAAAUUGUACCCUAUAUCCCUCCCCAAGCUCCAUUUUGAUGCAGAGUUCUCUGGAUCCCCACCUAUUGACCAUGUGUGGCUCAUAGAAGAGAAGGAAGGAUGUGCUACUAGAUUAGAAAAUGCUUCACUAAAUAAAAAAAGGAAAUAUAAAAAGAAGACCAUCUCAGGAAAGUCAGAUAUUAGUGGAAAUCUCAGGCAGCGGACAAUAGUUGAUGCAUUUGGAACAGGGGUUCUUGCAAGAGAUCAAGUAUCCAGCAAAGCUUCUUCCACAGUGUCAUCUAGUGAACAGACAUCACAGACAGCUGAUGAGGAACCUCGUCCUAAUCAUCUGGGGAUUAUAGAAAUGUCAGCAGUUCCAACAGUGUUGUAUGCCCAGGAAUCAAAAUUCAGAGUCCUGCAUGUGGACUGCAUAUCUAUUCUCUCACUCUCUAAGGUACAAAGUUGCAGUCACCUAAUUUAAGUUGCAGUAGUUGUGUCCGUACAUUUUCCUCUAUGAGAACCACCUAGUGUAUUUUCUGGUAUUACCUUCCUACAAGUCCCCAUAUUUGACAAAAGAUUCAACUAUAAUAUUUAUCUUAAUGACCCAAACGGCCUAUCUGGAAUAUUUGUCAAAAUUCAUGUUUGACCUUUAAAUCUGGUCUUUCAGAAUUAACGCCGUCCAUUAAAAAGCUAUAAGGUUCAUCCAGAUACUUGGCAUUUGGCCGUUUGAGGACAGUCAAUGACAAAUGUUUGUCUUUGUAGACCCCUCUGUUAGACAUAAGUACAUGGGGAAGGUAUUUGCAAUAUUUUAUGACAGAAAGCUCAUUAAUCUUGAAGACAGUACAUUAAGCAGCAAUGCUCAAAUAUGAACUUAAAAGUUGAUGGGGUGUGUCUGCUUUUUAGCUGAUGGCUUACUUUUUUGAUAUAUGGAUGUCUGAGCAGAGGAGAGUGAAAAUUGUGCUAACAAAGUUAUCCUGCAUCUGAUUAAGGUUAUGUUUAUAAUGCUACGGACUGUUUUACUUUUUGACUAGAAACACGGUUGAAUAUUGUAAUGACUCAAGCCUAACUAUGUUUCUAACAGCGGAUUGAAAGCUCGUGUUGUUCUGAUCCUACAGCGGAGGUGAAAUCUUUCCCUCUUUUCUUUUCAAGUCGACGAUUUCAUUCAAUCCAUCUCCUUUUCAUCUCUCGUUUGAUUUAAUAAAGUUUUCCUAAUGAACUAUCAGUUAUUCGUCCGUAACGUUAGAACAACAUUGUACUUUCUUGUAAAUAUAUUUUCUUAUCCAAGUCUACCAUACUGAUGCUUCCUCCAUCAUUACUAGUUGUGCUUGCAUCUAUAUCUUCUCCGUGAACUUCACAGAAAACUUGAUUGCUUAUGUCCAUCAAGCAAACCGUUUAAAUCUUCACCCUCUGUUGAAGUAUCAACUAUACUCCACAUGACAGCUACUGAUUUUUUGGGGAAGGUCAGACAACUCUUUCCAAGCCUUAGGAAACAUCUAGAUGAUGCUGUCUCUCUUCUGAUGAACAGUAAGAAAUAACCAUGCUUUCUAUUUAAGUAAAUUUCUCCCAAUUCAAUGAGCACUACUAUAGUCAUUUUAAUUGACGAGUUCAUGUAGGACCUGAAACUUGCGAACAACAUUGGAAGGAUCAACAUGCUUCUGCUGGGAACUUUGACUUGCCAUAUCUGGUGCUCUCGAAUGCUUCAGUUGGAAGCUUUGUCUGUCAAGAAGUCCUCUACUGCUAUGGAAAGGUUUAAUAUGGCUCUGUUCUAACGGAAUUUUAUUAUAUAAAACAUUUAUAAUUCCCCUUGUUGAUGCAGAUGAUGGAUAUUAGAGACCUGUUUGUUUAUACAAGCAUACCUGUCCUCAGGGACCUGCUAGAAGCUUUGCAGCCUACCCAGAGAUCAGAUGAUUUCAUUUUCGGCGUUCAUCCAUCUCCUGCUCCUGGAAACAUAGAUUAUCUAUAUUGUGGUGCUUAUUCAUUUCUCGAAGGUGUUUUGAACACAGGUACUAGGUGUUUUAUUUUUCAAACCAUUUGAUUUUAUGAAACUUUGGUUUUCGAAAACCACUCCACUUAUUGUGGUGAUUUGAUCCUGCAGCAUGCCUGAACUCAUUGAAUCUUGCAUUGGAAGUUUUGAUUACCUUGGAAUCACUUGUGAAAUCAAUUCCAAGGUUCCUCAAGUUGCUGGAAGGAAAUGGCAAGAACAUAUCUAUGAUGUUCAAUCAGGAAGUCUUUCCGUUGCUGCAAAGAAGACUCGGAGCCUCUGCAUAUAAGCUAUUGGCUAACAACUGGACGAUGGAGGACCAUGAAAAUCCCUGGAAGGAUAAAGUAAGGGCUAUCAUCAGAAACGUUCAGGGUCGUCUGCUUCAACCUAUUAUUGUUGAAAACAUAUCUGAUGAUGAUAUCGCUUGCAUUCUUUUUUUCCCAUUUGUGACAAGGGAUUUCUCUCCUUCCAGGGGGACAUAUUACCUAGGAUAAUUCAUAUUUACUUGAGAAACGCUGAGUCAACAACCACGGCACUGGUUGAGUUGGCCUGCUCAAUCUUGCCACAGGUAAAUUUGAUAGUGUAUGAUAACAUUCUCUUCUGUUUAAUAGCUCUACCUACUGCUAGUUUCUUACUUGCACACCGUGCUAAAGCAGUGGCAUUCGCCAGUUUAUACCGGUAGAUAAAAAGGAAACGGAUCUUCCUUGUAGGCUCCCCUUUGCAGAUCUAAAAGCAAAGAAGAAACAGCUCCUGGCUUCCCAACAAUAUGCCCUGCGACAUUUGUGGUCUGGUACAGGACAUUGGUGAGCGAUUGCCAUCUUAACAACAAUAUAGCAUCUAGUUUGUUCUGUGAACUAACGAAAGUUUGGUUCAUGGUGCAGCAUGAAGAAAACAUUGCUGUCCUAGAAAACUUGGUAUGUUAUUGCAGCUUUUCUUUGUGGUGUCGGGUAGCAGAUUAUAUGAAAUUACCUUUUCUUAGUGUAACUUUUUUAUCUUUCAGACCAAGGGAAUUAUUUUCCCAAAGAACAGAAAAGAAAUUCCGCCAGAAAAUGCAAAAGAUGUCUUCUGGAAGCUCCAGCAGUCUGUUGACGUGGUUGUAUCAUUAGUCCAUAUGUGCAAGAUUCAUGACAAGGUGGGACCCCGCCUCUGUUUCUCUUCUUCUUGACAAUCCCAGCCGUUUGAAAUGGCGAAAUGUCUCAUAUGAACCGAGUUAUCAUUAAACUCAUUCAGGAAUAAUGUCUUAAAGGAUCUCCUUGUGUUGGCUGAUCUGUUCCUAAAGCAUCUGAAAUAAUUUUGAUGAGCUUUUACCGAUUGAUUUCACAUUCCUGCGGCAUCCUAUGGGCAUAACUUUUGAGAUAUAUCAUACGGGCAAAUCCUGUGAUGGAUUUGCAUGAUUAAGGAAUUUACAGGAUGAAAUAAUUUAUUUCACAGGUGAGUGUGCAUGCCCUGGCAGUCAAGUACGGAGGAAAGUUCGUGGACAUUUUUCUCAAAUGUAAGUGGAAUUUGGAUUUCUUUUUUUUCUUUUUCUUUCUAGUGAUUCCUAAAUGUGUACUAAUGGAAGGAGAUUCCUUCAGCCUUUGAUUUCUUAGAGGCCCAUUUUCAGCUGUACAAGGAUAUUGUAAUCCAAAUGGUAUGCGAUUUCUCGUCUGAGUCUCAGUUGAGAUGAUUUCCUUUCCUUCCUAAUAUUUCAGUUCACAGUUCAAAUCUCAAAUCUAUUGCAGGUGAAGGAGCUCCAAAAGGCAACUCGGACGAUCCAAAUACUGUGCUCUGAAGCUAAAGUGAGCUUGAACAGAGCCUCUCUCUUUCGUUGACUUUUUUUUCUUGGGCUGAUACUCGGAUUGUUGAAAAUUAUGGUUCUGCUAAAAAUAUGUUCCAAUGCUUUCUUUCCAUAGAGGGGUGCAAAACGUACGAUGGUCACUUGCAGGGUUCCUGCUGCAAAAAGGUCAAUGGAGCGUUUCCUCUUUCGCGUUAAGGCCAUGCUUCAUAAUACCUCAAAUGGAUGCUCCUUUUGGAUGGGUUCGUCUGAAGCCAUUGACUCUCUCCCGCAUCUCUUAUUCCAAAGAUCUGAUAUACCUAAAUUAUUACAGCAUUUCUCUCCCGCUCUCUAUUUUCUGUAAGAGAACUGAGGGCAGGAGCUUUGACUCUUGAGGGUGUCAACGUCAUUGACCUCGUCGUCUGAAUAUGCUUCAGACGCUCUUGUAUUAAUAAUUCCAGUCCUCGUGUGGCAGGGAAUCUGAAGCACAAGGGCCUGCUUGGUCAGGUUGUGAGCUCGCAACUGUGCGCCAAUGAGGAUGAAGAUGGAGAUGAAGGUGGAGAUGGCGAUGGUGAGGCUGCUCCCGAGUUGCUAGAGGCUGACGCUGGGGAUUCAGUCGCAGAAGGCAGUGAGCAGGGCGAGGAAACGGAAUGA